CAAGGUUUCUCCCGAGCUUGUCUCCAUCCAGUUCCAAAGUCUUUUCAGAGAACGUGUCUCUCUUUCAGCAAUCACAUUCUUCGUCAAUCGCGAGAUCUAUAUCUAUCGAUCGCUAUCCUCUGCCGUUCUACAUCGUUCUAUACACCGAUCCGCCGAACCACUACACAUACUACCUACCCACCACCGAUCUCUCAAAUCACAUCAAUCACAUCUCUUACAACCUCACAUCCACCAUGACUUACAAGAGCAACUACGAGCCUUACACCAGCCAGAGUCUGGACAUUGACCGACAACGCUCUCCCGAGGAGAUCCUCUAUCCACUGGGAUCACUGUACCCGCAUGUUGUCGCCCUGCAAUUGCAAUCCGACGAGAAUCCAUGGGCCAAGGCCCGCCACCUCGCAGACUAUCCGGAUACAUGCUACUGGACCGAUAUGUCUUAUCCGCCCACCCCGGAGCAUUUUUCGUCUAAGCCCAGUGGCCGCCGAUACAGUGACUCCACUGCCGGCCGCUUUGUUUCGCGUAUUCGUCGCUUUUUGAGCCGAGACGAGCUGCGCCGACGCCAGCGACAUGCCUGACGGGCAUUCCUUUCUUUUCUUCAUCCAAUCAUCGUCUCCCUUCGACAUUCU